AAUAUAUUUUCUCUUUCCUUUACAGUCGCCAAAACUAUAGAGACAAUCCAUACAUAUAUUUACCAACAAUAUGGUUCAACCUAAAAAACUGUUUCUGUUCUGCUCACUGAUGCUAGUGAUAUGUGUUUUUUCUGCGCCAGUUGAGAAUGACAAGAAUGACGUCGAACUGAAUGAGGAAGAGUUAACUGCGCCCGUUGAGAACAACAAGAAUGACGUCGAACUGCAUGAGGAAGAGGUAACUGCGCCAAGUGACGCUGAGAACAUCAAGAAUAUCGUCGAACUGAAUGAGACAGAGUUAACUGCGUCAGUUGACGUUGCUAACAACAAGAAUGACGUCAAACUGAAUGACGAAGAGUUAGCUGCGUCAGUUGACGUUGAUAACAACAAGAAUGACGUCGAACUGAAUGAGGAAGAGUUAACUGCGUCAGUUGACGUUGAUAACAACAAGAAUGACGUCGAACUGAAUGAGGAAGAGUUAACUGCGUCAGUUGACGUUGAGAACAACAAAAAUGACGUCGAACUGACUGAGCAACAGUUAAUAGAGUAUACUGAAAACAAUACUGUGCCAUACGAUGAUGUCGACGAGAAUGAUGAGGACGACGGGAACGACGAAGACGAAGAAUCCGAAGAGGACAACCAAGACUAUGAAGACGACGUCGAAGUGAGGAGUCCUGUAAAACAAUUGGUUCCCUGCGCAAUGUCAAAUAAAUGGCCUGUGACAAGCGAACAGCCUUACCAAGCAAUAGUUCCAAUUCUGAUUCGCGAAAAAGACUUCACAACGGAAGCUCUGGAGAAUUUCCAGGCUGCUCUGAAAGACAUCGAAGGAAAGACUUGCGUUCGUUUUGUUAAUGCUUCGAAAAGUCACAAAGAUUUCAUAUUCGUGCAUGAUUCCGGAAAUAAAAAGUGUACCUCAAAGAUAGGCAGAGUUGGUGGAAAACAGCAUCUGAAGUUAACAAAUCACUGCAUGUUAGCUCGAAGGACAUGUGUUCACGAACUCAUGCAUGCCCUUGGAUUUAAUCAUAUGCACCAACGCUACGAUCGAGACAGUGAGCUCUCUAUUAAAUGGGAGAAUAUUAAGCAGAAGGACAAGCGGUGGUUCGAAAAAUUAGAUAACGAAUGGGAAUCUUACAAUACACCAUACGAUGUGUUGUCAUGUAUGCACUAUGGUAAAAAAGGUUUCACGAAAAAUGGCGAAGUGACCAUCCAAACUAAAAAUACGAAAUUUCAAGAUGAUAUUGGCAAACAAUACACUUUAAGUGAUGGUGAUGUGCAACGAAUCGUUCGAAUGUAUAGUUGCCCUGUCCCUGUCCAAUAUUAGACUUCGUUCGAAAAUCGUUGGUCUUUCUAAUGAAUAUCCCUUGGAAAAUCCUUU